UGAUGAGUUAGUGUAGCUCUGCGUUCGAUAGCUUUAGCCUGCCUGUGGUUGCUCACUGUCGCUUCUAAGUGUAGUUGGAAUACAGUCCCCUGCUAGCAAGGGCCCUAGCUGCCAUGCAAUUUUAGCCUUAUUAAGUACAAUUUUUGAUCACUUGAGCCCACACUGUCUCAAACCAUGGCAGACGACGAGUUACAGGCAAUUAGACAGCAACGAAUGGCUGAACUCCGGGCAAAGCACGGGGAUUCCUCAAAGAAUCAGCAAGUGGAGGAGGCCAAACAAAGAGAGGCAGAUAUGAGGAAUUCCAUAUUGUCCCAAAUUCUAGACCAGUCGGCUCGAGCCAGGUUGAACAGUCUUGCUUUGGUGAAGCCAGAGAAGGCAGUUUUGGUUGAGAAUUAUCUCAUUCAAAUGGCCCAGUGUGGAUCCCUAGCAGGAAAGAUAUCAGAUUCAGGCUUGGUCGAGAUCCUAGAAAAAGUCAGAAAGCAAACAGAGAAAACGACAACAGUCAAAUUCAACAGGAGGAUGGUGAUGGACUCAGAUGAGGACGAUGAUUAGCACCUGAGCGAGAGCUGUCGAUUGAACCAAGAAAUGAAAUGGAUAUGUUUCACUGGCGUUUGACCAGUGUGCUUUUGCCAGCAUUCUGGAAUGCUGCACUCGUUUCUGUGUGUCUCUGGAAAAGAAACACCAGGAGGGGACAACGAUAAGAUGGAAUUCAUAAAUUGGUUAAAAAGACACUGGAUAGAAUACAUACCGUGUCCAACAUGUUUGCUUGCGGUUUCAUUAUUAUUUACUGUACCAUACACCCUUUGAAUUCCUGACAGCACAUGACUGUUAUACACCCUUGCUCAGUUUUGGAGUUACUUUUUUUCCCUGUGGUUCCAUGGUUUGACAUGUUCACUCAAGAAGCUCGGGAAGGGAGAGAUGGUUUGCAACUUUUGAUGCAUUAUAGAGCUCAUUGUUCUCCAUUCUGCUCCAACGUUGUUCUUCAUGCGCCAACACAAUUCGGAUGUUGCACUUGUAUAUCUUUUUUGCAAACAUAUAUCAUAAAUGUUUACAAAUAAUGAAGACAAAAAUGACCUUGAGUUCAGGUGUGUUUCAGCUAUUAGUUGUCUCUUAUUCUUAAAUUAUGCUGUUUGCUUCAUUUGGCCUGAGAGGAAGAAUACAUGUUAGCCUCAGAUGUAUUUAUAAACAUCAAAUUUCGCAUUUUCAUAUCCAAAAUGUAAACAUUUACUUUCUAAAUGGAAUUGUUGCGAUUGUAGCAGCCAUUGUUUAUAAUUUCCGUCUUAAAAUAUUAGAUAAAAGGCCAGUGCAGACUAGUUUUCAAAAUAAAAUGCU